CGUGAGAGUGGAGGAAAUAGUCUUAAGUUAGGAUUAUCAAACUCUUCUGAUGUCUUGCUGACUAUUUAAAUGGUUUGUCAACGAAACACUGUGAUUGGUUGUUUAAGUGAAAGAGAGUGAAAUCAACCAAUAGAAAUGUCUGUUCAUCGUACUAUAUCAGAUCUAGAAAGAGAAGAAGUAUUUCGUUUGAUUGAAAGUAAGAAAGAGAGAGUAGAGAAAGAUUCACAGAAAUGGAAGCCAGAAGUGAUCAAGAAACAGAUGGAAGAUGAUUUGGCCAGAAGAGUUCGUGAAGCCUUAGAAACACCACCCCUUGAACGUAUGCAGAGAAAAAAAGAGCGGGAACACAAGCAGAAACAACGAGAUCUUCAAAAACAAAAUAGUCAUUUAUUAAUCAACUUGAACGAGGCUUCAGAAAAUAAACAAUUUAAAAAAUGGAAGGAAAAUUUUAAACGUUUACAAUCAGAGAGCCCAGUCAUGAAUUUAACAACUAUUUCUCCUGUUGAAUAUUUAUUUCGUGAUCAACUUUCUAAAUCUAAUCAAGAUGAAUAUCCAGGUGUAUUUGGAUUAGAGAAUUGUUCAGAAGGUAUUCGAAAUAUCAGAGAUUCUUAUAGUACUACACUAGAACGAUUUCCACCAAUUAAACCAAAAGUUAAACAUUUUUACACUAAAGAUGGUUUUCUUCAAGCUUUAAAAAGUGGAAAAUUACCCCAUGGUUUUGAGAAUGUCAAUGAAUCAGGAAGUUAUAAAGAUAAAUAUGGUUUGAUGAGAAAUAAACUUGGUCCAUUCUGGCCGUCCGAGUUGGUACCAUACUAUCCAGCGCCACAGUUCCUGGUAAAUAACAGUCUUGGAGUGGAACCACUGUAUUUUCAAUUACCAGAAUUUCCACAACACUGUUGUAAGAUGUUUCACCAUCCUGUACAAUACAAUACAAUACAUGAGUGUUAG